AUUAUUUUUAUUCUUCUUUCUCUCUCCAAACUCCCGACCAGCUCUCUUUUUCUCUCUUUUUCUUUCUUUUCUUUUUUCUCUUCUCUCUCUCUUUUCUCUUCUCUUCUUUCUCUAUCCCCGAACACCUCCAUCCCCGAACGCAUGUACUUCUCUCUUUUCUCUCUUCUCUCCAUCGCCGAACGGCCUCCAUCCCUGAACGGAUCUAUCUUAUUCUCUUAUUCUCUCUCUACCGAACAGCUCUCUCUUCUUCUCUUCGACACCCAUUUCACCCAUCUCUCUCGUUGCUCUGUUUUCUCUCUUGGACGUCCAAAAUUUUCUAUGCUUUCUUCAUCAACGGCGGCCUCUUCUCUCGUCCAAAAGGUGAUUUCCCCGAACCCAUUUGUGGAUUUUGGUUGGAGAAUAUUUUUCUGUGUUAUUUGGCCUGAUUAGAAAUUUUUAGGAUUUUUUUUUUUAAUGUGAUUGCUCUGAAUAUUGAAUUGAGAAUAGAGAUAGAUAGAACAAACUGAGUUGGUUCUGAGGUUUGUGGUGAUUUCUCCUGAUUUGUAUUUUAAUUUGAUUCCCCGAACCUUGUACAUGGCAUUUCGGUUGAGUUUGUUCUGAGGUUUGUGGUGAUUUUCCCUGAUUUGUAUUUUAAUUUGAUUCCCCGAACCUUGUACAUGGCAUUUCGGUUGAGUUGGUUCUGAUGUUUGUUUUGAUUUCUCCUGAUUUGUACAUGCAUUUGAUUCCUGUCAUCUUGUACAUGGCAUUUCGGUUGAGUUGGUUCUGAGGUUUGUUUUGAUUUCCCCUGAUUUGUACAUGCAUUUGAUUCCCCUGAUCUUGUACAUGGCAUUUCAGUGGGACAGCAAUGGCAUUUCAGCUUUGUAAAUUUUUUUGGGGCUUAUUUGCAUUCUUUAGUACUCUAGAAAGAGAUUGCUUAACAUUAGUAUUCGGAGCUAAUCAUCUUAAUUACGCCAGUGAUGUUGAAUUUGUAUAAAAACCAGUUGGCCCGAAAAGUUACCCUUUGAAACAAGAUGAUAGGAUAGUUGAGCUGAGUUAUUAAAAUCAACUGCCUCUUUCAAAGGCUUGUGCCAACUGGAGAAGGGAAUCAACAAAGCCAACACACUUGCCAAACUAAACAUAUUCUUAUGGUGUGCUGACAUUCAAUGUUGUUUUGUUUUGUUUUUUCGGGCUUAUUUGUUUUUGGGGCUUUUUUGUUUUGUUUCUGUACUGCCUUGUUUUAUGGACAUUUAAUAUGUUAAGUAUUGAAUUGCUAUGCCAUGUUUUUGUAUGUCAUUUGAGCAAAGAUGCACAACAUGGAAAUGCAUGCCUUUAGACUAGAUGCACAUCACUUGCAUUCAGCAUGCAGUAGCCAUAUAUUUUACCUUAUAAUCUCCCAUAUGCAUUGCAUACAUUCUUUUUCCCAUGUGCUGUUUUAGUAACACUUUAUCCUUCAAUAUUUUGUUGAAAGAUGAACUGUUUAAUUGAUGAUGACCCAUUCUUCACCACACUAUUGGAAAGUGAUGAAAUUGAUAUAAACAACCCCCCUAUGGGCAGUGCAAGUGUUGAUGUCCAAGCGACACAACCCCAACGGGAAAAAAGGAAACAAAAAUCCCAGCGGGGUGUGUCAUUUACUGCAGAGGAAGAUACCAUCCUCGUUUCAGCUUGGCUUAACAUUAGUAUGGAUCCCAUACGGGGAACUGACCAAUCAUCUACACAAAUGUGGAGUAGAAUUUAUGAGUACUACUCCACAUAUAAAAAACCUAAUUGUCAAGAACGAUCUAUAGCUUCUUUGAACAAUCGGUGGUCAAUCAUUCAAAAAUGCGUCAAUAAAUUUUGUGGUAGCUUAGCCCAAGUUGAAGGAAUGCAUCCAAGCGAUGCAACUGAGCAGGACAAGAUUGAUAAGGCAAAAAUCUUGUACCGAGAGAACCUCAAACAUAACUUUACCAUGGAUCAUUGUUGGAAUCUAUUGAGGCACCAAUCAAAAUGGCAAGCACACAUGGACCUCAUAAAAAAGAAAAAUGGGUCAAGUUCAGGUAUUACUCUAAACUCAAUACCUUUAGGAGAAGACAUGGAAAAUGUGCCCGUCGAUUGUGAGAGGCCUCCUGGAAAGAAAGCUGAAAAAGUAAGAGAGAAAGAAAGAAAAUGUAACGAAAGACAAAAUCUAGUAAUUAAGGAGGCCUUAAGCCAAAUGACAGAAGAUAGGAGGACUUGUAUGAUGGAGAGAAGAGAAUCACAAUUGAAGUAUGAGAAUGAAAGAUCUGAGUUACUACUUCUUAAGAAGAGAAAACUUGAUUUGGAAAUUAAGGCUGAAGAAGAUAGAUCUAACUUAGUAACUCUUAAAAAGAGAAAGGUUGAUAUUGAAAUUAUGUCCAAAGAUAUUGAUACGCUGAAUGGUGUGCAGCAAGAGUAUUUCCAUAAUCUUCAAAUGGAGAUCAUUGAGGAACAAAGGAAUAGGGCCAUAUCUCGUACAUAGUUUUGACUAUGGUUACUUAUUUUGGGUAUUUUGAAAUUGUAAAUAUUUGCAAUGACAUUAUUUUGGGUCUAUUUGUACUGCUGGUUGCACCAAAUUCGAACAUUUUUUUGUAAUACUGGUUACACCAAAUUCGAACAUCUUUUUGUACUACUGGUUGCUAUCAAUUUGCUUUGGAAACUGUUGAGAGCUGCUAUGGAGCUGGUGGUUGUUGCUGUGGAGCUGAAUUUUGCUGCCGUGGAGCUGCUGUGGAGCUGAAUUUUGCUGCUAUGGAGCUGCUGUGGAGCUGCUACGGAGCUGCCAAGUUGUAUUAAAAUCAACUUUGUAGAUUUUCUACUAAGUUGAUUUUGAUACAUGGGAUUUAGUAGAAUUUGUAUGGAGGUUCUUUUGGUUGGAAGUUGAAUUUGUAUGGUAUAUAUUUUACAAACAUUGAAUUUAUGAGUUGAAUUGUCCAAGUUGUGAAUUUAUAUGAAAUUAGAAGUCACAUAGAGUAUGUGUGGAAUAUAUAUGGUAGAUUGAAUUUAUUGGACUUGGAUGUAGAAUUUGUAUGGCAUAUAUUUUGGGAACAUUGAAUUUGUAUGGAAUAGAAUUGUCUAAGUUGUGAAAAGGAAUGAAAUUAGACCACACAUAGAGUAUGUGUGGAUUUUUUUGUGUUGCUGUAUAUAUAAACAGCUGUGAAA